AUGCAAGAGGAGGAGGAGCCCGCAAGCGGUCUAGGUUGGCGGAUGCUGAGACGCGAUGAGGACGUCGAGGGGCAGCAAGAGGUCGGCCUGGCGGAGGCGAUUGAACGGUAUGGGCGUAAGAGGUCGUUGGUGAACGAAAACAUGAUGGAAGGCAUCGAGUCCAUCCCCGGGUUCAUCCCCAGCACACCACCGCGCAAGAGGUCGAAGCCGGCUGCUAUAUCCACUAUUCCACCAAUCAAUGCAGCAGCGCCGCCCUCCCCGCUUCCCUCUCCUCAUGGCUCACCACGACCCGAGAGCAUCUGGCCAUCAGCCCCGCCGAGUGGGCACUCGUCCCCUCAACCACAAGAGGCGCCCAUCCAGCCUGAUGUCUCGCUUGCUGCUCUGCUCUCCCUCCCCGCACUGUUGCAGCACUACUCUAGCCUCCCUCCUCAGCUGCAAUCCCACGUCUUGCUCACAUUCUUGCGUCACUCACCAUUGUCCGUGCUGCGAACCCUUCACUCUAUCUUGACGCCCACACUUGCGCGAGACUUUCUCACUCUCCUCCCUCCAGAACUUGUCUCGCAUGUCUUGAGCUUCCUUUCAUUCUCGGACCUUGCCCGGGCCUCGCGUGUGUCCAAAGCCUGGCGUGCCAUCAUCGAUUCGGAUCCUGUACUUUGGCGCGAUCUUCUCAAGGGAACGAAGAUCUGGUUUGGACGAGGUUCCGAGAUCGCGUUUGCCGACGCCAUCUUCGCCCGACGGCGGCAUCAGAGGUUGCCUCCACCCGGCGCGCUGCCUUUGCCCCAUCCUUACAAGAUCUUGUUCAAGUCACGACACCUCACGCGUACGCGCUGGGUGCAUAAUCAGAACCCAAAGCGCCUUACUUUCACUGCCCAUGGUCGUUCGGUUGUGACAUGCCUUAUCUUCUCGCACGGGCGGAUUAUUUCUGCGUCCGAUGACCACUCGAUACGCGUCUUUUCUCCAGUCACCGGCGAGCUACUCCGACAAUUGACAGGGCACGAAGGCGGCGUGUGGGCACUAGCAGCGACGAAGAACACCCUGGUCAGCGGGUCCACAGACCGCACAGUCCGGAUCUGGAACCUCGCGUCUGGUCGCUGCACACAUGUGUUUGGAGGCCAUACGAGCACCGUCCGAUGUCUCGCGAUCGUCAAACCGGAAUUGGUAGACGUUGAGCACGAGGGUGGUGUUAUAACUCAGGAGAGAUGGCCAAAACGGCCGCUGAUCGUCACCGGCAGUAGGGACCAUUCGCUUCGGGUGUGGGCAUUACCCCGAUCUGCCGAUAACGAGUACAGGUAUUUCGGCGCGGACGAACACGAUGUGGACCCAUCAGAGGAGGACGCCGAGGACAAUCCGUAUCACAAGCUGCACCUCCAAGGUCAUGAUCACGCAGUUCGUGCCCUUGCAGCACGCGGCCGGACACUUGUGUCAGGAAGCUAUGAUUGCACGGUAAGGAUAUGGGACAUCAUCACUGGGCAAUGCAAGUAUGUCCUCUAUGGACACACACAAAAAGUGUACAGCGUGGUGCUCGACCUGAACCGGAAGAUUGCAUGCUCGGGGUCCAUGGAUAGUACUGUCCGGGUGUGGAAUCUGCGCACUGGGCAAUGUCAACACGUACUGACUGGACACACGUCCCUCGUCGGUCUCCUUGGUCUCUCACCGUCAUACCUAGUCUCUGCUGCAGCCGAUUCAACGCUCCGAGUAUGGGACCCAGACACCGGCGAGCAUCAUCACACGCUUGCGGCACACAACGGCGCGAUCACGUGUUUCCAGCACGAUGAGUUCAAAGUGCUCAGUGGCAGCGAUGGCACGCUCAAGAUGUGGGACAUUCGCGACGGGUCGCAGGUGCGGGACCUGCUCACGGGCAUUGUGGGCGUGUGGCAGGUCGUGUUCGAGGGCCGGUGGUGCGUCGCGGCGAGCAACCGUAUGGACGCGACCGUCCUGGACGUGUGGGACUUUGCGGAAGAGGAGGGCGACGAAGAGUGGAUCGGCGAGCCGCCGGGUGGGAUAUACGACGAGGACACGGAAUACGAAGAGGACGAUGAUGCGAUCGAACAGGCGGAGGUGGACGCAAUGGACCAGGACCUGGACGCCACCAUGGGCUCGGACAUGGACGAUGCGGAGCUGGACGACCACGGGCUGGAGGACUCAGAGGACGACCGACUCGUGACCUGGCUUCAUACACCAACGGAUAUGGAUGAGCAUAUGAUGCCGGAAGCGGGGAGCUCGAGAUAUGGGAUUGGCCGUAGUCGGAGCCACUCGUUAGAUUCAGGGCCGUCGGCUUUAUUCCAUAACGAUGGUGUGGGGCCAUCAUCUCUCAUGCGGUUCCCUCCAUCGAACGAUGAGACACCAACACGGCCGCGCGUACGCGAUAUGGGCUCUCACCUGCGGUGA